AUGGCGCGACAGAGGGGUGUUAAUCUCACCCAGAUCCACCCUCCCCCGGGCGCCGAUACCGAGACAGACAUCGACAUCAUUGCAAUCCAUGGCUUGGACACGAAAUCUCCCGACACGUGGGUGUGGAAGUCCAAGUCUCCCGAUGAGAACGUUAACUGGCUGGCAUGUCCGCAUAUGCUUCCGGAAAGAGUAGGCUCUGCCCGGAUCUUUAUGUGUGACUGGCCAGCCGACCUCUAUGAACAGCCAGAUUUGAUCCAGAAGACAGCCAAGGUGUUUGCCCGGCUCUUGCUUGCUGGUAUCAAACGACGUCCUAUGCCAAACACUAGACAUGCGAAGAAGAAAGACCGCCCGAUUGUCUUUAUUGCAUCAUGUCUUGGGGGCAUUAUUUUGAUGAAGGCUCUCUUGAUUGCUAGCCAUCCGCCAAAUGAAUACACUGCUAUUAGACAAUCAACACGCGGGAUUGUCUUCCUUGCUACGCCCUUCCGGGGCACUUCGUUCCAAGACGUAGCAAGUUGGGCUGAACCUGGGCUGAGGGCCUGGGCUUUAAUCCGACGCCGAAAAGUUAACACCCUUCUCGGCACAGUAAAGGGAUCGACUCUCCAUCUCGAAGAACUUGUGCGCAAAUUUACUCAGCUGUGUCAAGACGAAACGUAUCCUUGCCAAGUGCACACAUUCUAUGAGUUGGGCAUGACGAUCCUUCAUCGUAAAGUCCCGCUGAGCUCGUGGCUUCCGUCCUCCCUACUUGACCUAGUUUGUCAGCCAAAGCCGCUAGUUGAUAGUUCUUCAGCAACUCUAGACAUUGUCAAAAACCCGCUGCCACUCGAUCGAUCUCACAUAAUGAUGAAUAAAUUUCAAGGUCCUGAAGACCCGGGUUACAUCUGUGUUGUUGGAAAAAUCGAAGAAAUUCUCCAGGAUAUUCGUACAAAUUCCUUGCUUGACGACGCAGAUGCUUGGAUACGAAACAAGCACUAUACUGCAGACAACCUCAAGAUUGAACGACUCUCGGGCGACCUAUUACCCAUGGAUCAGUGCUACAUCAAUCUUGCCAUUGUGGAACAGCUUGCCCAAGACAAAGCCAAACCAAAGCUAAAAGACGAAACGCCCUCUCCGUUUUCCCUCUUUCAUCGACAGAAGCUUGAGACACCGGACGACUCAAUGCAGGUCGAAUUAGCGGCAAUCUUUAAUCAACGCGAAGGGCCCAACGGUAGCACAAUACAACCAAGAAGAAUCUUGAUUCGAGGACGCGCGGGAGUUGGCAAGACCACAUUAUGCAAAAAGAUUGUCCAUGAGUUCAUUCAAGGUACAUGGAGCGAAUGGAACAAUUUAUUUGACCGCGUCCUUUGGGUGCCUCUGCGAAACCUAAAGCUGGAAGAAAGACGACAACAAGCAGGAUACAACUUUGAACAGCUCUUCACUCAUGAAUAUUUUUCUCUGCCGAAUAAUAAGCCUGACUUUGCGAGAGAAUUGGCCCAGGCAUUGGAGUUGGAGACUACCAGUAGCAGGACCCUAUUUCUCCUUGAUGGACUAGAUGAGGUAUCCCAGGAUCUGAGUGAAGGCAGUAUGUCUAACUUCCUCAACGAGCUUUUAAAACAGCCCAACAUCAUAGUCACUUCUCGGCCAUCCGGCAAGCUGCCAUCUGACCUGGAUCUCGAAUUGGAAACGAUCGGAUUCUACCCAGCUCAGGUGAAGGACUAUAUCAAAAUAGUCUUUACCGACCCGAAAACAGCCCAAAUUGAUGAGGAAACAGUCGACAAAGUUCAGUCCUUCGUUCAAAAUCAUUGGCUGAUCCAGGGCCUUGUACGCAUCCCAAUCCAGCUUGAUGCGCUUUGUUAUUCCUGGGAAGAUAUUGACAGCGAUAUGCCGGAGACGAUGACUGCCCUUUACCAAGCUAUAGAGCUUAGCUUGUGGAGGAAGGAUAUGUUGCGACUCAAGAAAACGCAUGGCCAGAAUCCGGUAACACUGGAUCAUAUUCAAGAUGCCAGUCGCCAAAAGAUUGAAGAAUUCGUUAAGGAUGAGAUCUCCUUCCUUGAGAGCCUUGCCUUUACUGGACUAUACAAUGAUGUAAUUGAGUUUGAAACAAAGUAUUUGAACCGCAUAUCCGACCCCAUCCCGGGUUUCUUGCCAGCCAAGACUAUCCCAUGUCUAUCAUUUCUGCGAGCCUCGAAUCUUUCCGCAGAAUUCCGCAACCGAAGCUAUCACUUUAUACACCUUACAUUCCAGGAAUACUUUGCGGCACGGUAUUUUGUGCGGCAAUGGCUAGCUGGAGAACCACUCAAUUGUGUGGAGCUCGGCCGCAGAAAGGAGAUUGAGCCUAUCGAGUUCCUUCAGAAACACAAAUACACAGCGCGCUACGAUAUCCUAUGGCGCUUUGUUGCGGGAUUACUUGAUACUGGGAGAGAAGGAAUGUCCGCCAAUAUCGAAGAGUUUUUCCAGAAAAUCGAAGAGGAACCACUCGACCUUUUAGGUCCUACGCAUCAACGGCUGAUCAUGCAUUGCUUGAGUGAGGUAUCGAGCAACUUACCAUUUCGAACCGGCCUGGAACAACAACUGUCCAAGUGGUUACUCUUUGAAUGCGAAUUCUACGCAUCAGAUCCCCAUCACUACCUAUUGAACGAGAGAGAGGUUCCUGAGCAAGCAUUGGACGCCGCCUUUCGCGCAGGGUCUGACGAUAUGAAAAGAAAAAUUAUACGGUCAAUAAACAAACGGGUCGCAAUACCAGCAAUUUUUAUUGAAUGGGCAACUUCCUGGAUAGCGUGCGAGGACCGGGACGUCCGAUAUAACGCCAUCUGGGCCUUGCGCCAACAAUCGUCUUUGCCUGACAAGAUCCUCAAGGUCUUAGUAAUACUGCUUGAGGACCAUGACGGGUUUGUCCGAGAGCUUGUUGUUACGACCCUAGGCAAUCAAUCGGCCUUACCUAGCACGGCUCUUGGGGCUGUAGCUACACGGAUUAAAGAUGAAAACAAUCUUGUUCGAGCAGCUGCAGCUACAAUCUUACAAAGGCUACCGGCUUUUCCUGUCGAGGUUCUUAAUAUACUUAAGGAUGCAGUGGCACAACUUAAGAAUGAGGACGAGGAUUCACGAAAGGUUGGUAUUAUGGGCUUACGCCUAGGGAUGGUCUUCCCUGAAGAGAUAUCUAAGGAUUUAACAGUACUGCUUAAGGAUAAAAACUGGUUUGUCCGAGAAGCUGCCAUCCGGGCCCUUAACACGCAACCGAAGUUACCUCACAACAAUCUUGAGGAUGUUGCAGCGCGGCUCAAGGAUGAGAACGAGUCUGUCCAAGUGGCUGCUAUCAUGGCUCUCGGCAACCAACCCGCCUUACCUAACAACACUCUUGAGGAUGUUGCAGCGCGGCUCAAGGAUGAGGACGAAUCUGUCCAAAUGGCUGCUAUUGAGGCUCUAUGCCGUCAACCCGCCUUACCUAACAACAUUCUUGAGGAUGUUGCAGCGCGGCUCAAGGAUGAGAACGAGUCUAUCCAAGUGGCUGCUAUCAGGGCUCUCGGCAAGCAAUCGGCAUUACCUAACAACAUCCUCAAGACCAUUGCAGCCCAGCUAGAGAAUAAGUAUACGAGUGUUCGGGAGGCUGCUAUUAGGACCCUAGCAUACAAAUCGGUCGUGUCUAACGAAAUUCUUCAGAAUAUAAUACUGCGACUUGAGGAUGAGGAUGAGGAAGUCCAGGUGGCUGCUCUCGAGGCUCUCGGCAAGCAACCGGCAUUACCCAACAACCUCCUCAAGGAUAUAGCAGCCCAUCUAGAUGAUAAAUAUCCGAGAGUCCGAGAAGCUGCUAUUUACGCUCUGCGUCCGCAGUCGCCCUUAUCUAACGAAAUCCUUCAGAAUAUAAUACUACGGGUUUUACUCCGGCGAAGCUUUAAAGAACAACUGACUUGGUAUAUUGACAAUGGCCACUCCUGUAUUGACAUGCCGGAAGGAUGCGCAAAUAAUGGGCCUUUUCAAUGCUACCUAUGGACUUCAGUAUCGUAG